AUGACACAGUCUGCGGACAUGUUCCUCAUUGAUGCAUUGCAAUCGCGUCGCACCACUGCAGCAUGUCUGCACAUUUGCAAUAUGUACUGGAUGACAGACAUAGAGUCUGUGAUACCUGUGAAUGCAGUUUCAAGCCCAAAGGCUUCGACCAUCACCAAAGAGCCUGUGAGCAAUGAGCAAGGGAGUCAGGAGAAGACACAGAGCUAUGGGCGUCAAUCCCGCCUGUACAAGGUCAUUGCUGUGCCAGCCCUGGCCGUACAAAGUGCAAACAUUGAUGGCAAUGACAUGGAAUACACUGUUUAUUUUCACUCCCUUUGGGAUUGGGUAGUAGAUCUUUUGCAACACCCUGAUAUUGGCCCUCAUUUCAUUUUCAAUGCUCAGCGGCUAUCGAAAUUUGAUGGAGACUCGUUUAUUAGGUUCAUCAAUGAACCAUGGACUGCAGAUGCAUUCUGGGAAUGCCAGUCCCAGAUCCCUCCAGAAGGAAAACCAUUGGUGUUCAUUCUAUAUGCCAACAAGUCGAAGCUAUCAUCAUUUGGGCCCGAGAAGGGAUAUCCCAUAAUUGCUUGGAUAGCAAACCUUCCUGUUGCCAUCAGAAAUGGAAAUGGGGUCAAAGAUGACCCAAAAUACAAAGGGACCCAACAAUUUGCUAACUUCAAAGUUGCUGUGUGGCAUGCUGCUGUCAAGAAAGUGCUCGCAUCAAUCAUACCACCUUCGAAGCAUGGCCAAUGGGCAAAUUGCUGGGACAAUGUUGCAAGGCUCUUCUAUACACUAGUGUUGAUAUUAUCUGUGGACUACAAGGAGCAGAGUGUAAUGUCCCUUACUCGAGGUGUGAUGAGCAAAUUUCCGUGCCCAAUCUGCCUGAUCCCUGAGGACAAAUUGUCUUCUGUCAUGCCCCAUAACUAUAUUCUUCGCACAUGCCAGGCAACAAAUGACCUUUUGAUCAAGGCAAGGGCAGAGCGCCACAAAGGACAGCGGGAGGCAAUACUCAAGGGACAGUCAAUUCGUGAUGUUGAUAACACAUUUCAUGAAAUGGAUCCCAAGACUACUAAUGUGCAUUGCGCACUAUGCUAUGACCACCUUCACACUGUCCUCCGAGGUCUCUUUGGGGACCACAUGUGGCAAGAGCUACAAAUACUGGUCGGUCUUUUGGGACGCAACUUCACCGUAAAAGUUGACAAGAAUUUUGAUACACUGCCACAUUGGUGCAAUAUGAAUCAUUUUGAUGCUGUCAUGGCUAUAACAUUUUCUGAUGGUGGUAAAUACGAAGAUAUUUUCAAGAAAUAUAUCCGCAAGUCUAAAGUUUUACGGCCAGACAAAAACUGGUCAUUCCCGAAGAUCCAUCUAGCUGCCCAUUUAUUUAACAACAUUGAGGCUGAGGGAGUAACUCGCAACUACAAUACAAAGCCAAAUGAGAAGUGUCAUGGUCCUCUAAAAGGGUCAUAUCAACAACAAACCAAUUUCAAAGAUGUCACACCACAAGUACAUCAUUCUCUUUUCAAUAUCAUUGGUUCUAUUAGUUUUAAUCUAGACCAUUGGUCUCUCGUUUCCAAGUUUAUACAUGGUCAAGUGGAUGAACUGGCUGCAUAUGAUGCUCGGAUGGCUGAAGACAAGAUCAACAAGACUGGCCCGGAUACUAACAUCACAUCCAAUUUCCAUAUCAAAUUUAGAUCAAGGCAACCGAAAAAGUCUCUUGAGGCAAUUGAGGAACAACAUAUUGACAACCAUUCCUUCAGGUGGUUUUGUACCAACCUCAAUGCAUUUUUAAAUGCUUUGCCCACUGUCUUGCAGCAGGUGACCAUGUUACCUUCUGACGAACUCCUAUUCCUCUUUACAUGUAAUGUCAACGACACAUCCUAUUUCAUCACCUUUGUACAUCCAUACAACAUGCCAAUUGGGAGGCGUCUCCAGAAGGACAAACACCUCAAGUUUUGGCGUGUUAGAUCGCAACCAAGAGAAACUGCUACUGGUGAUUUUCUUGUUAUGGACACAGUAGACAGUGACAUAUUUCUGUGCAUGAAGCAAAUGCACCUUGCAGCUGGGCACUUAGACUAG